AUGGCGACCGCCUCUCUCUUCUCCCUCCCGUCGCUCCGUGUCCUCUCCCGCACCUCCGCCCGGGUCUCCCGGUUCCAGACCCUCGCCGCUAGGAAGCCAGUGGAGUCCUCCACCGCCACCGCCACCAGCGGCAGCCGCAGAGGCGGAGGCAAGGGGGGCGGGCUUCUGUCGGUGCUGGACCGCGCGCUGGCAGACGAGGAGGAGUACCGGCGCGCGCGCGCCCAGGUGCAGCGCAAGGGCGUGGAGGUGGAAGGGUACGCCAUCGAGGGGAUCUCGGUGGGCGGGCACGAGACCUGCGUCACCGUGCCGUCGCUCAACGUUGCGUUCGACAUCGGCCGCGGGCCGCAGUUCGCCGUCAGCCAGGACUAUCUCUUCAUCACCCACGCCCACCUCGAUCACAUCGGUGGUCUUCCAAUGUACAUAGCGACCCGUGGCCUCUACAACUUGAAGCCUCCUACUGUAUUUGUACCACCCUGCAUCAGGGAUGAUGUUGAGGAUCUGCUUCAAGUCCAUCGUAGGAUGAGUCAAAUUGAGCUGAAAGUUGAAUUAGUUGCACUUGAUUUGGGAGAGACAUAUGAAAUACGUAAUGAUCUUGUUGCCAGGCCAUUUCAAACAUACCACGCUAUACCCAGCCAGGGUUAUGUCAUCUACUCUAUCCGAAGAAAGUUGAAAAAACAGUAUGCUCAUUUGAAGGGUAGUCAAAUAAUGAAACUGAAGCAAUCAGGAACCGAGAUUACGGAUACCAUACUGUACCCAGAAGUUGCCUUCACAGGAGAUACAAAGUCUGAUUUUAUUAUUGACCCAAGAAAUGCAGAUGCCCUGAGAGCAAAGGUUCUCAUAACUGAGGCAACGUUCCUAGAUGACCAUGUUGAUGUUGAGCAUGCUAGGGAACAUGGCCACAUGCAUCUUUCUGAGGUGACAAUUUCUGUGCUGAUACUCCCUACACGUGCCAAUGAGCCUUUUGGAACUCCUGAUGAAUAUAAGAAAUGA